AUCAACGAUGAACUUAUUAUAGAACUAGAGAAAAAGCUUGAAACUGCUGAAAAACAAUCAGAACUUUUAAAAGAAUUACAAUCGGAACUUGAACAAGCGAAAGCUCACAUAAAUAAACAAGAAGAGCUUAUUAAAACUUUGGAAUCUAAACUCCAACAUGCUCAAAGUCAAAGAGAUGACACGAUCUCUAAACUUGAGACGGCAAAUGAAGAAAUUAAAAGACUCGAGGAUCAAUGUUCACGGCUACAAAAUGAAAUUAACGAAGUACGCAAAGAAUCACAAAAUAUUAGUGCUGUUGACAAUAAAAUGGUAGAAGACCUUACCGACCAAUUAAAGAAAAUUCAAAACGAAUCAUCGGCUUAUAAAGAACGUUCUCAAGAACUUGAAAAUACAACACAACGACUUCGAUCAAGUAACGAUGAGUAUCGUGAAAUAAACAAUGAACUUAAUAGCCAAAUUGAACGAUUACAGAGAGAACUUGAAACUCUUGCAGAAGAAUUUGCCGAAGCUGGUAUCAAAUUUGAAGAUUCUGAAGCUAUAUUGCAAGAACAAAAGAAUCGUAUUACUUAUUUGGAAGAAACCCUCGAAACAGUUAACAAUAAUCCUUCUUCUGGCCUUGCGCAAUUGGCUGCCGAAAAUAAGGUUUUAAGGCACACAAAUGAUAAUUUAAACACCAAGAUUUCUGAAGCGGAGAAUCAAAUAUUAUUAUUGAACGAGAGGAUAACAACUUUACAGCGUGAACUUGAGAACGCCAAGUCUCCGAAUAAAAAUGAUCAAAAUAUAGAAUCCGUCGAGACGUUAAAAGAACAAAUUCAUGAGCUUGAAAUGGAAAAACAAGCAUUGGAACAAGCGAACACGACAUUUUUAGAAGAUCGUAAAAAACUUGAUCAAAAGAUAGAAUCUUUAACACAACAACUUUUAUCAGCGGGUAAAAGUGGAAAUAAGACCGCAGCUCAACUCGCUGAUCUUAACGGAAAGAUUUCAACUUUGGAAAAUGAAAUAGGGCAAGUGAGACAAAAAUCACGAGAAGAUAUUUCA